AUGGCGGGAUGGUUGGCCAGGGUGCCUCCCGUCCUGUGGUGGGUGCCGAUCGGUGUAGCGGUGAACGACUCCCUCGUCUCCCUCGCACCGGCCACCGAUGACGCGGUCGGCUUGUCAGGGGCUGGGCCCAAGCGGCUCCUGCUGGUCGACAAGCUGAGCCCCCGCCUGUACCGCUACAGUCGGGGGAGCGUGGCGGUCUUCACGUCCCCCACCGAUCCCGACUCUACGCUGCUGCGGAGGGUGGUGGCGGUGGAGGGGGACUGGUUCCGCCCUGUCCCCUCCUCCAGCUCUGUCCUGAAGAUGCCAGCGGGCCGCUGCUGGCUGGAGAGCGAGGGAGCCAGUGGCGACCGGCCCCGGCCCCCCGAUUCUCAUCAGUGGGGCCCGGUCCCGCUGGCCCUGGUGGACGGCCGUGCCCUGGCGGUGGUUUGGCCGCCGCAGCGCUGGGCCUGGCUGAGCGGCGGCUCCCAGCCCAGCCGCAUCCUGGCGCACGGCCACGCCGGCCCCGAGGACGAGACCUGGCCCUACCGAUGA